AGCCACACAUGGUCCAAACAGGGUCUGUUAAGCCUGAGACCAGAUUAUAGUGGUUUAGUUAGAGCCUGAUGUGGUUUCCUCCACAGGUCAUCGGGAAUGUUUGAUGAUGAACCCCCACUCCGGCAUCUCUAGAGGUCUGUCUGGGUGAACCAGGGCUCCUGGCCAGGUACUGGUCGGUCCAGAUCACAUGAUGAGCUCCACCUUCUCUCCUCCAAUCAUCAAUCAGCGUUCUUCAUACCUGAGCUUUGGUCUGUCUCCUCCAGCUGGACUCAGUGAGGAUUGCAGCACUUCUCAGCAGCACGACUCCCUGUCCAGCUCAGUCCCCUUCCUCCUCUACUCCUCCAACAUGGACCCCACUGGCCUUGGCCUGUACAAAGGACAACUGCGGGGCCCCGGCCCCAGCCCCGGGCUCCUGCCCUACUUGCCCUCCCUCCACCACCACAGAGACUUCAGUGUCUACGAGUGUCCAUUUGAGCCGGCGUUCAUCCAGAAACGAAACGAGCGAGAGCGCCAGCGGGUGAAGUGUGUGAACCAGGGCUACGCUAAACUGAGGGACCACCUGCCGGGUCACAGCACUGACAAGCGGCUCAGCAAGGUGGAGACACUGAGAGCUGCCAUCAGGUACAUCAAGUACCUGCAGGGACUGGUGGAGCCAGAAGACAGGAGGCCCGGCAGGGCUGAGUCCCCCACCACCUCCUCCCGGGACCGGAGUGUGGAAGAGAGUCCCAGGGGUUCACAUGUUAACACACACUCUGUUGUCAGGGUGUAACACCCUUUUAAACCACAGGGGAGUGUUCAGGAGUUAAAUGAGAAAUUCUAUCAAACCACCUGAAUACUCAGUUUCUGUUUGGCAAAAA